AUGGAUUCUAAGUGCAAAAGGACUUUGGGUAAAUGUUAUAAAAAAUAAGGUAGGUCUAAUGUAAAAUAUAAGCAAGCCAUCUUUUGUUUAUGAGUCAGCUCUGAAGGAACAUCGAGAGGUAGAGGAAAGAAUAAAAAUGGAAACUGACACGCUCAAGGCGAAUUAAGAGCUAAAUACCUAACUUGUAGGGGUAAACAAAAAAAACUCUUAAAUUCAAAAUGCAUCUCCAGCGCAAAGUUUAAAGUUUGAUUUUGAUUUGAAACCCGAUUCAAUUCAUAAUGAUCAAAUUUUGUUCCCAAGUUUAUAAAUUUGGGGUACACUUGGAGAGGAAUUUACAGAGUUUCAGAAGUGUAAAUAAGUGAUUCAAUAAUUUAGAUGACAAUGAUUCAUAACCAGAGGAGAUUCCAAAAAUAAAAACUGUUUUUAUGGAGGCAGAAUGA